CACCGGUUCGUCCGAUGUUUUUCAGCCCCGGAGUUUACUCAUGAGCCUGACCCCCAGGCUCAAUCUGAGUUAACAGCCUUCAUCAGCCAUGGCCUCUUCGUUCAUCGUGAAAGUUGCGACAGCCGCGCUGGCUGUGCAGCCGGCCUUGGCAGCGCGCAAGAACAUCAUCAUUGAUACUGACAUCUUCAGUGACUGCGAUGACACCGGCGCCCUCCUGCUCGCCGCAACCUCACCAGACGUGAACCUCCUAGGAGUCAACGUCAACUACCCAUCAACCUAUUCAGUCACCGCGACUUGUGCAAUCCUCGCUCACUAUGGCCUCGCGGACGUCCCCAUAGGUGCGCGCAGACCUAUGACAGAUGAGCCCUUCUUCGACACUUUCGCCUACGACCUAGGGGAGUACGCAAGCAAGAUCUCGUACCACUAUUCGGGCGGCUCGCUCCCCUUCGGCCAGGCCGAAAACGCCUCCGACGCGGUGACGGUCUACCGCAGGAUCCUCGCUGAGGCCGACGAGCCCGUGACCAUCGUCUCCAUCGGCUUCUUUGAGAACCUCUCCGCGCUCUUAAACUCCACUGCUGACGCCGUCUCCAACCUCACGGGGCCCGCGCUGAUUGCGAGCAAGGUUUCGGAGCUGUUCAACUUCUUUGGGGAUAAUCCUUCGCACACGGCGCACGUCGUGAACAACUGGAAGGGGCGCAUGGUCUUCUGCGGGACUGAAGUCGGCUCGAUCGUGUUGUCCGGAGCGAAGCUGCUUGCAGAGGGCCCCCUGUCGGAUCCGGUCCGGCAGGCGUACAUCUACUACAACUUCUACCGGCCUCGGGAGUCGUGGGAUCCGCUGACGGUGUUGUAUGCUAUGCAUGGCCUCGGAGACAUCUUUGAAUACGGCAACACGAACGGGCGGAACUUUGUCUAUGCCAAUGGCUCGAACGAGUGGGUUUAUGACAAGAACGUCACUAAUCAGCACUGGUUGAACCUCAGGGUGGACAAUGUCACGGCGGCGGCGGCGCUGGACAAGCUUUAUCUGGAGGGGGCGUGGUCGGUGGUGAACGGGACUUCGGCAUGAAGAGCUUCAAGCACCACGUUCUCUUCUGAACACCGACUAUCCGAGUAAAUGUAAGCUUAGUAUUUGUCCUUAAUAAUGUUGCAUUUCGGACUUUAUACGUGCGCUGCAUUUGCCAAGUUUAACGGACUCUGG